AUGCCUGAUCAUGGCACCGGCCAGAAGUUCACCACCGCCACCAUCAUAGUAGCAGGUGUCGCGUCUAUAGUAGCAACGCUACUGUCGAUGAUCUCAAUAUGGCUCCAAGCAAAGAACUAUCGCAAACCGCUGCUGCAGCGCUAUGUCGUCCGCAUUCUCCUCAUGGUGCCCAUCUACUCGAUCGCGUCGUGGACGAGCAUGGUUUCUUUAAAGGCCGCCGCCUUCGUGGACCCAAUCCGAGACAUCUACGAGGCGUUUACCAUCUACACCUUUUUCCAGCUUCUUAUCAACUACAUGGGCGGAGAGCGAGCGGUCAUCAUCAUCACCCACGGUCGGGCUCCGGUCCAUCAUUUGUGGCCCAUGAACCAUUUCCUGCCCAAGGUGGAUAUCUCAGACCCGUAUACCUUCUUGGCCAUCAAGCGGGGCAUCCUUCAAUAUGCAUGGCUCAAGCCCAUCCUGGCUGUCGCAGCGAUCAUCAUGAAGGCUACAGAUACCUAUCAGGAGGGAUACAUUGGAGCUAAAUCCGGCUAUUUCUGGAGUGGUAUCAUCUACAACAUCAGUGUCACAGUCAGCUUGUACUCUCUUGGACUGUUUUGGGUUUGCAUGCACCGGGACCUGGUACCGUUUCGGCCGGUCCCCAAGUUCUUGUGUAUCAAGCUUAUCAUCUUUGCUUCCUAUUGGCAGGGAUUCUUCCUGUCGAUUCUAGUCUGGCUCAAUGUCAUCCCGGACGACGUUCAGGGCUACACCCGCGACAAUCUUGCUGCGGCUAUCCAGGACGCUCUUAUCUGCGUGGAAAUGCCCAUUUUCGCCGUCGCCCAUUGGUAUGCCUUCUCUUGGCAUGAUUUUGCCGACAACCGCAUCCAAUCGGCUCGUAUGCCACUCAAUUAUGCCUUCCGUGACGCAUUCGGAGUCAAAGACCUCAUUGAAGAUUCCAAGGAGACAUUUAGGGGAGACAACUACGGUUACCGAUUCUUCGACUCUGGAGACAGGAUCAUGGCGCAUGAAGACUCCAGGUCAAGAUUUGCUAGAUUAAGAGAAGGGAUGCGGUACGAACGCGGAGGUAAAGGGAAAUAUUGGAUUCCCAAACCAGGAGAGGUGAAUGCGACAUCGCCGUUGCUGGGCAAUGGCAAUGGAUCCUCCAGUUCCACUCGCCCUGAUCAGUUGAAUGAGAACGCACAUGGCACAUUUGAGGAGCCUGAAAUUGAUGCCGAUGACGAGCAUCUAUAUGACAACGCCCGGCAGCUAGAAUAUGGGGAUUGGAAUUACCCAGUUGUUACUGCGAGCGAGCCACUCAGGGAGCGUUAUGCCUCCUGGGCAAGCAACUCAGAAACCAGACUCUACUCUUCCCCAUCUCACGCUCCUACGCCGUCACGUAACAACUCAGCCAGUUCAUUGCACCGGCAGGACCAGCACACCGAAUCAGAGCAACCGCCUCCAGUGGUUGUUAUCAAGAAGAAGAAGAAGUCAAAGAAGACUGUGCAGCACACAGAACCGAGUCCAUCUGAUGUAAAACCUCAUCAGGAAGACCAGAGCAGUGCUAGAGCAACACCGAGCUACGAUGGGAACCAGAGUCCCGCCAUAGAAGAGCACCAGCCAUGGGCCUCUACCGACCACGAAGAUGUACACGACCAUUCGCCCAGUUAUCAAGUUCCAGACUCUGACGAAUUCCGUAAUGUUUGGGAUGGCGAUAAAUAA